UGGUGCUUAAACGCGUUGCGCGUACUUCAUUAAGCUGUAAUCAAUUAAGCUGGUGCAGCUAUCGUUUAGUAUACAUACUCAAAAAAGAAAUAAUUUUUGUAUUCUUUGAUCAUCCUGCUUAAAAUAUACUUUUACAAAGUUUUAGUGAAUUUCGAAAAUUGGAAGUUACCUAGAGGCCAUGAAGAGCAAAGGAAUUUACCAGACUUUUAUUUUGUUCCUAGCUAUAAGAAUAUUUUAUGAUUUUCCUAAAACUUAUGCAUUACGUGUUGCCAACUCGCUGCCAAAACAACUUAUAAAAGAUCAUCAAGCGGACCUUACACCAUCGGAGUCCUUCUGGCAGCAACAUGUGGCCACUUCUAGUAGUUCAGCUCCAUUUGAUUCACCAUUUUAUUCGGCAGCACAUGGUCUUGUGCAGACUCACCCUUCUAUGAACCACCCAGGCCCCGUUCCACUUAAUGGCAAUAGCAUUGGUAAUAGCUUACCCGCCGCAAGCGUAAUUGGUAGUAAGCCAUCCUUGACAGCUGGAAGCGGGUACCUUAAUUCACGCGGAAGUCUACCGACCUCUGCUCGUUAUCCAACAAACAAGAUUACAGGCACCGUGGUCGAACCCAAUCCGAAGUCACCAUUCCGUCACUUAGAUUUCUCUACUAGUGCAACUGCCGAGCUGCGACGCAAUCCUGCUUUAUCUGCUCCUGAUGAAUGUGCCCGUGCUUGCCGCGAAGGCGAGCCUCCAAGAAUUUGCUAUUAUCAUUUUACACUGGAGUACUACACAGUACUUGGCGCUGCUUGCCAGGUAUGCACUCCAAAUGCAACAAAUACGGUUUGGAGCCAUUGCCAGUGUGUCUUAGCUGACGGAGUUGAACGAGGAAUUCUGACUGCAAAUCGUAUGAUUCCUGGGCCUAGCAUUCAAGUAUGCGAAAACGAUAAGGUUGUUAUUGACGUAGAGAACCACAUGGAGGGAAUGGAAGUAACUAUUCAUUGGCAUGGGAUAUGGCAACGAGGUUCGCAGUAUUACGAUGGCGUUCCAUUCGUCACCCAGUGUCCUAUUCAGCAGGGUAAUACUUUUCGGUAUCAGUGGACAGGAAACGCCGGUACACACUUCUGGCAUGCUCAUACUGGUCUACAGAAACUAGAUGGCCUUUACGGUAGCGUCGUCGUUCGCCAGCCACCUUCACGGGACCCUAACUCUCAUUUAUAUGACUUUGACUUAACAACCCACAUAAUGCUUAUCAGUGACUGGUUGCAUGAAGAUGCUGCAGAGCGGUAUCCCGGACGUCUAGCAGUAAACACAGGCCAGGACCCGGAAUCCAUGUUGAUCAACGGCAAGGGCCAGUUUCGUGACCCAAACACUGGCUUUAUGACUAACACACCAUUGGAAAUAUUUACAAUUACACCAGGCCGUCGUUACCGCUUCCGAAUGAUAAACGCAUUUGCUUCAGUCUGUCCAGCACAAGUAACGAUAGAGGGCCACGGCAUGACGGUUAUCGCAACCGAUGGUGAGCCUGUGCAUGCUGUUGAUGUCAACACAAUCAUUUCAUUCUCAGGUGAGCGUUACGAUUUCGUAAUAUCUGCGGAUCAACCUGUUGGAGCUUAUUGGAUACAGCUACGUGGACUUGGGGAGUGUGGUAUUCGUCGCGCACAGCAACUGGCUAUUCUGCGGUACGCCCGUGGACCUUAUCAACCGGUCUCUUCGCCGCCAACAUACGACGUUGGAAUUCCGCAAGGUGUGGUCAUGAAUCCUUUGGACGCCCAAUGCAACCGACAACGAAACGAUGCCAUAUGCGUAAGCCAACUUAAAAACGCUCUUGAGAUUGAUCGUGGAAUAUUGGCAGAGAAGCCAGACGUAAAGAUUUUUCUACCGUUUCGCUUUUUCGUGUACCGAGCUGAAGAUCUUUUCCAGCCGAACACGUAUAACAGAUUUUUGGUGGCACCCACCGGAGACCAUGUAAUAUCACUGAUCGAUGAGAUUUCAUACCUAUCGGCACCAGCGCCACUGACUUCUCAGUAUAAUGAUAUAAACCCAGAACAAUUUUGUAACGGAGACAAUCGUCCUGCGGAUUGUGGACCAAACUGCAUGUGCACGCACAAGAUUGAUAUUCCACUCAACGCAAUUGUGGAAGUAGUUUUAGUAGAUGAAGUUCAACAGCCCAACUUGUCGCAUCCAUUCCAUUUGCAUGGAUACGGGUUUAGUGUCAUUGGAAUUGGUCGAUCCCCGGACUCGACAGUGAAGAAGAUAAAUUUAAAGCACGCAUUGGACCUAGACCGCCGCGGACUUUUACAUCGACAGUAUAAUUUGCCACCGACAAAGGAUACAAUUGCCGUACCGAACAACGGCUAUGUUGUGCUACGUUUUAGAGCCGACAACCCUGGCUUUUGGCUCUUCCACUGUCAUUUUCUAUUCCACAUUGUUAUUGGAAUGAAUUUGAUUUUACAGGUAGGCAGUAACGUUGAUCUGCCACCCGUGCCUCCAGGUUUCCCAACAUGCGGCGACCACACUCCACCCAUUCCAAUAAACUAAGAUUAAAUCGUGACGAAACACCCUUAAUCAAAUCCAAGUGGCAAAGCAUUUUAAACGAGCAACACAAUUUCUUAGGAGCUAGAAAAGACCUACAUACUGAUUGAACAAUUUGUAAAAAGCUUACCCUAUCACACUAUGUUUAACAAAAUGUAAAUACUUUUAUUAAAAUAUCACAUAGCAUAGUUUUCCUUUUCAGUAAUGAAAAUAUUGUCAAUGUCCAGCUGUUAUGAUUGACAUAUUAUUUCAAGGAAUAUUAACCCUUUCCUUCACUUUUUACCCAGCAGCUUAUCGUCAAAUGUAUAUAGAUAAUAAUAUGUGCGUAUUUGUAGGUACUAAAAUUGCAAUACAAUUAUUUAAUUUAUGAAAAACGUUUCUUUACAACUGAUAUGUUUGAAAUGACUGCAAGUAACCGAGCACUUCCUUUUCUAUUCUGCAAAUGAAUUGUAAAACAUUUUCAACUAUAUAGUAGCAUACCCACUGUUUACAUAUCUUCAUAUGCAAAUAUUUUGUUGUGUUCAAAGUAACAGCAGUAUAAUUAAUAAUUCAAUAUGUUAUUCAUAGUUGAAUGUUUGAAAUGAAUAAAUAUGUUUAUAUUUUCAUGUAAAAAAUUAACUUAACUGAAAAAAAAAAACAAAAAUGUUGGUAUCACUUAAAAAAAUAUAUAUUAGCAGUUCUAAAAAACAUAUAAAAGAAUAACAAACCAGCAGUAUAAUUAAUUAUCUUAUUCUCAUGUUGUUAUGUCAUUCCUUAUAAAAGUAAGUUUACUGAAAAAAUACAACAAUUUUGGUAUCAGUUUA